AGCCUUUGAAUAAGAUUUGCUGUGAAUGGUACACCGUCCGCUUGCCGUCAAAUCUUCCUGAUUAGAGCAAUUGGGGCACAGAAAUCCGGAAUCGAUCAGGCAGUCAUUAAUUAUAGAAACAAGACUGAAAAGUCUAUCGCUUUUCUACGACUUGGUGGACCAUCUCGCGCCACCAUGCGUCUGCUGCUUCCACUGGCGGUGUUGGCAAUGCUUUGCCUAAUGCCCCAGCACCUAACCGCACAAGGCAUGGACAACCUGGAGGACAAUGAUUUUGCCGAAUUCGAAGACUUUGAUGAUGAUGAAUUUGUAAUGGGAGAAACAAACCAGGCUGGUCAGCAGUCUGCCGGUUCGGCUCCGGGAGCCGCCGACAGUCGUCAAGGAAGCGAACCGCCAGCCAAGGGCCAAUCCAAGAGUGCGGCACAAGACAGUGAAGACUUCAUGGAGAUUGAUGACGAUCAGGUAGAUGAUGACGGUAUCGUGGAGGAUGAGGACAGCGAGUUUGAGCAUUUCCAGGACGAGGAAGAGUUCGAGGGUUUCGCCAAUACGAUCGGUGACCAAGACGAGGUGCGACAGGGCGAACCGGUCGGCAAGCAUGCGGAGCCGAAGCUGACCAUUCCGAAGGUGCCGAUACAUUUUCGCACCCACUGGGACUCGUACUGGAUGGAGAUGCUGAUGCUGGCCGGACUGAUGGCUUACUUUGCUAACUAUUUGGUCGGCAACAAGAAAAACUCGGCCAUCGCCAACCAGUGGCUGUCGCUACAUCGCAGCCUGCUGGAAGACAACUUUGCGCUGGUCGGAGACGAUGGGAAGAAGGAAACGGAAGGGUCGACCUUUAGCUUUAACAAGGAAAGCGAAAGUGUCUACACGCUGUGGUGCAGUGGCCGCACCUGCUGCGAAGGUAUGCUGGUCGAGCUGAAGAUGAUCAAGCGCCAGGAUCUGGUGUCGCUGAUCGCUGGCAUCAUGAAGCCGGUACAGGAUCAACUGCAUAUCAAGGUCGAACUGUCGCCCGACUCGAUGGACAACUUUGUGUUAUGUGUGGCCAGCCGGAAGCAAGCCACCAAAAUGUUCAAAGAGCUCAACGAUUUGAACAAAUUCUGUUGUCUAGUCAGCAAGGCCGAUGAGAAGUACGGUAUUCCCGGGUUUGCAUUGUUAUCGGAGAUUGCCGAGGUGUCGGCCAGUAUAUUAGAUGGUAGGGUAGUAGCAGCUUUAAAUAAGUACUCGCACCUGAUUGACUACAUUCACCUGUCGGACCAGUACAGUGGUCCGAUACAGCAAGAAGAUCCGAACCAGCUGAAGCGUCCGGAGGUGAAGCGCAUUUUGCACUGCGGGUUCAAUGUUCCCGUGAAGGGAGAUUUGGAAGAGAUGAAGCCAUUGCUAAUACUCGUGUUUUACUUGAUGGAUCGUGUGCGCCGCUACAAGCUGUCCAAGGAGGCAAAGGCCAAGUCUGAUAAGAACCGUGCCGCGGUGGAGGAAGAGUUUAUGAAGAGCACCCAUCAGGCUCGGGCCGAGGCGGCAGCACUGCGCCGCGAAGAGAAGCGUAAGGCCGAGAAGGAGAAAAUCCUUGCCGAAGAGGACCCGGAAAAGCAGCGACGCUGGGAGAAAAAGGAGCAGAAACGUCAGCUCAAAAAGCAAGCCCCCAAGAUGAAGCAGCUUUCGAUUAAGGCACUUUAAAUGUAAAGCCCUUCUUUCUCCAGUGAGAUGCUGAAGUAGUGCCGUUUGGGGGUGGAUGUUUUAAGCUUCAUUUUUUUUUUGUUGGUUUGUUACUCUUUGCUAGAGUCGGUAGAACAAAUGCAGUUGGUAAAUCAAAUUCCAUAAACUGUAUAGACGAAAGACAGUUGACAUCAACAGCGUCUUCAGAAAUCAGGCCAAAAGUAGAGACUUGUGGUGGUAGAGCACGUAGUAAUAAAUAAACGAAAACACAUGGAAAACUGUCAA